CCCAAACUUUCCUCAAUGAUCACCAUUAAGCUAUUCUUAUGUGCCCUAAUCUUUGUGCUCUUGAGCUCUCUUCUUCAUCAAGUUUGGGGUCAAAGUUACCAACUUAACACAACCUCUUCAUGGCUUAAGAGCCACACCAAAGCAGAUACAGCAUCAAACUGGGGUAGGUCAAAGCCACCGAUGUGUAAACCAUGGAUAUGCAAACGAUCCGGACCACCAAUGGCUCGGAUGAGAUGUUGUCGUAACCAAUGCGUCGAUGUCUUGUCUGAUCCAAACCAUUGUCGGUUCUGUUUCCGGAGUUGUCGGUUCGGGUUAUCGUGCUGCGAUGGAGAUUGUGCGGACACAAAAAGUGAUCCGUCUAACUGCGGACAGUGCGGGAACGAGUGUGAAGCGGGUGCGCCGUGUGAGUUUGGUAUGUGUGGUUAUGCUGCUCCGUCGUCACAGCCUGGAAAACGUCGUCGUCGUCGUCCUAAGUUUCAUAGGCCACGUCCUCCUCCUUCUCCAGACAGUAAACUUUAUGAUGAUCGUGAUUAUGAAUAAUCGUAACGUGGUGAGAAGAUAUAUAUACCGGUGAGAUCGAGUCGUUGAGUUUAACUAUUGUUGUUUCUGCGGUUAUAAUUAUCAUAUUGUGUGUUUUAUAGAGUUCAUUUUUUCGAUGAAUUUUUAUAUUGUAAUGAUAAUAAUUUGGUUACAUAUAUGGUGUCAUUUUGUAAUGUUAAGUAGUCGGUCCAAGUAUAACAGUCAAUUUAUAAAGUCAAGUGUUUAAUGCUUCAUUUUGAAUUGAUAAUAUUUGUUUUUAAA